AACGACCAAACGAGGGGGUCCCAACAAUGAGAGGGGGGUCCCGGCGGCUCCCACAAGUCACCCAGUCGGAGGGAGUCCCCGCCUCACCCUAACCAUGGAGAGCCAGCCCAACUCCAGCCGGCUCCUCAACGCUUCCCGCCUGUCGCCCGAUAUUGGCCGCUACUCGCCCGCCGCCAUCGCCGGCCUCUCGGCCCUGGUGGGACUCCUGAUCCUCUUCACCGUGGUGGGCAACGUGCUGGUGACCAUCGCCGUGUUCACCAGCCGAGCCCUGCGACCGCCCCAGAACCUCUUCCUCGUGUCGCUGGCCAGCGCCGACAUCUUGGUGGCCACCCUGGUCAUGCCCUUCUCGCUGGCCAACGAGCUGAUGGGCUACUGGUACUUCGGCACGGCGUGGUGCGACAUCUACCUGGCUCUGGACGUCCUCUUCUGCACCUCGUCCAUCGUUCACCUUUGCGCCAUCAGCUUGGACAGGUACUGGUCCAUCAUCAAGGCGGUGGAGUACAACCUCAAGAGGACGCCCCGUAGGAUCAAAGCGGCCAUCGUGACCGUGUGGUUGAUCUCGGCUCUCAUCUCCUUCCCUCCCCUCCUGUCCAUGGACAGGACGGUGGAGGACCUGACCUACCCGGCUUGCCGGCUCAACGACGACACCUGGUACAUCCUGCUGUCCUGCGUGGCUUCUUUCUUCGCCCCCUGCGUUAUCAUGGUGCUGGUGUACGUCCGGAUCUAUCAGGUGGCCCGGCACAGGACCAGGACGAUGUCGGUGAAGAGGAACGGUCCCGAAGGUUCGUCGCAGACCGAGGAGGCGCCGGGAGGAGGGCACCGGGCGCUGGAGGACAAGCAGAACGGUCACUGCAGCCGAGCAGGCGAGGAGCAGCUGGACAUUGAGGUGGACGAGAGCUCCACCUCGGAGGAGAAAGGGCGCAGGAGGCAGGCGGCCAAGAAGGACUCCUUCUCCAAGCGCUCCAGCCGCCUCUCCCGGUCGAGCAGCCGCUCUUUCGUGGUGUUCUCCACCCGCAGGAGACGCCGGGGCAGCCGCAUGUCCAAGAGCAAAGUGUCCCAAGCCAGGGAGAAGAGGUUCACUUUCGUCCUGGCCGUGGUGAUCGGGGUGUUCGUGCUCUGCUGGUUCCCCUUCUUCUUCAGUUACAGCCUGUACGGCAUCUGCCGGGAGCUCUGCCAGGUGCCCGAGACUCUCUUCAAGUUCUUUUUCUGGAUCGGGUACUGCAACAGUUCCCUGAACCCUGUCAUCUACACCAUCUUCAACCAGGACUUCAGGAGAGCUUUCCAAAAGAUCAUCUGCAAAGCCAGGAAAAGGCACUUUUAGUGCAGUCCCGAAGCAUGGUUUGGCAUUCUCGACCAACUAACUGUUGGGCUGCAUAUGGUGUACAUUGUAUUCUGUGUAUAUAGUAUGUAUAUUGUAUGUACAUAAUAUAUAGGUAUACGUUGUGUGUGUAUGUGUAUGCUGUGUGUAUGUAUAAUAUGGUAUAUGGAUACUUGUUAUUUUUAAUUGUAAUUUUAAUUGGAUACACUUAUUGGUUAUUAUCUAAUGGUUU